AUGCAGGUCAUGUCUCCAAUAACGCGAGGCGGUCGGAGAACCUCACAUACCUCGGGAGACGCGAAGAGAGUGGACUCGAACUCGGGAGGAGAUGAUAACGUAGAAGGGAGAGACACUGGGAUGGUAUUUUCGAGUAGCAACAGCACUGAGGCCACCUCGCCUCGAAUACGACCCGAAUGGACAACGCCCGUCUCUAGCAGCGGAAGCAACAGCGCAGCAGACAGCCGUCUGUCUGCAGUAAGCAUGGGCUUUGAUUCCCUCCAAACACAGGCAGAAACCGUCGCCGCGACAGCAAUUCUUGAGAUGCCAGCGGGGAUCUCUCUACCCACGCCUAGAUCUUCGUCAUCGUAUUUUGGUGAUGCCCCUUCACUAUUGGGAUUUCCCUUUGAGCUCCAUCCACCUCCAUGUACAGAGUCAGUGGAACAAUUUCCUGCCGUUCAGUUGACAGAGGUACAGAUGGGCAAGAGCACAAACCUUUCGUCACUCAGUCGCGCUAUGUCAUCUAGCUCCGGCAGAAUACCUGCUCUAGACGGAUUCACGCCCGCAUCAACGGGCUGGCUGGAUCCAAGCGAGACACUGGCCAGCCAAUCCCAGCUUAUCAUCGCGCAGAUCAAAUCAGCCGAAUUCGACCAAUUUCACCAGGCUUGGCCACUGCUACAUGUGCCGAGCUUCACGGCCGAAAGUCCGAGCACGCUACUGACCAGUGCCUUGUCUAAUCUAUCUAUGUGGAUGCAGAGCGCCGAUCCCCACAACCUGGUUCCCUACGCGAUCAACCAGUAUUUGACGCAGGUGUUGAUGGUCAAACCAACAAAAGUAUUGACCGAUAAGCCCGCCACGGACAUCCCAUUGCAAACUCUACAGGCGUUGGUAGUCACCUUGAUCUACGCCAUCCUGGCAGAUGCUUCCACAUCCACCUUGGACUGGGUGGCACAAUGGACCGAUAUUGCCGUUUCGACGUUUCGACGUCUAGGUGUCUUGAAUGAUCUUUGGCUCCCCGAAGAUCAAGGACAGUUGACAGAGGAACGUUGGGUACAGGCGGAGCAGAUUAAACGACUGGUCUAUACUAUUUUGCGUAUUGAUACCUAUCUAUGCAUCAUCUUGGAUCGCCCGCCCACUCUCCGCUAUCAAGAGAUCCGACUAGCACUCCCUGUCUCUGAUGAUCUAUGGCGCGCUGAAACAAGGGAAGCUCGCACUCGCUUACACUGGUACGAGCCUGCGGGUCGGACCCGAAGUACCUUCUCGGCCAUGAUGAGGGACGGGCUUGAAACGCAUGGGUUUAUCACUGGGUAUCUGCGCAUGCCGCGGCUGUCUCUGGAGGACAACCACUUUAGUCUGUGUGCCUUCAUGUCCGAGUUAUGGGGAAUCUGCCGCGAAGCUCAUGAGGAGCACCACCUAAACUACCGAUCUCCAGAGCUAAACCGCACCGCGGAUCGUGUCCGUACGUGGAAGGGCUAUCUUCAGGACUGGCGGGCCCAGAUCGAGCAGACGGAUGAUCUGGAAAACACAUUCUUUACGGACCUUUCCGGUGAUGGAAACCCCUUUCUUGGCCUCAACCUCACAUUAUACCACCUCGCCUGCCUUAAUAUAUGCGCCAAUUUAAGGCUACUCGAGUACAAGCGGUGCUGCACCAACUGCCAUGAUGCCGACGUGGAGAAUGUUAUUGGAGCCUGGGCGCAGUCUGCCGACGGUCGCGAAGCUGUCUACCAUGCUAUUCAGCUGAAACGGAUAUAUGAGCAUCAAAGCACCUUAUACAAACUGAGUGAUCACCGUCUAUUGAACGUACUCGGAUCUGCAGGCCUGCUGGCCAGCGCCAUGGUUCUCUGCUUCUACAGUGCCAAGAUAUCAACUGUUCCCGCCGGAGACAGCGGCUCAGAUGAUACUGACACUAUUAUUCCUCCGGGGGAUACAAUGGAGUUGUCGCAGUCAAAGCUUGCGGGUACGCCCGAAUACGAGACGUGGAUCUCACAAGGUGGAUUGAUCACAGUCGAUGGAGUGCUAUUGCAUGUUUUCUCGGUACCUCGUUUGUCAUCUUGGUAUCGUGAGAAGCUGGCAUCUAGUCCGGCCUACUCAUCACGACUUAUCAAUUUCCUGCUGACUUUGAAGACGUGA